AUGAAGCAAAUGGAAACGGAGCUGCAAGCAGCACGAGACAGGGCAGCCUGGCUUGAAGAGAAGCAGCGUGGCACUGGAGAAGAGAUAUGGCUCGCCAAAGAGCGGGUAGCAAAUCAAGACCGUGAAUUGGGUGAACUUCAUCAGCAGUGCUCUUGGCUACGGGAUGAAAAUGCUAAGCUGCAAAAGCAGCUCGAGGAAGAAAGGAGCCGAUAUACGGAAUCGGAUGGCGUCGACUGGUCCAAACUCGAGGAACUUAAUGAGCAGAAAAAAAAGAUCGAGGAUAAGUUGAGAGACGAGAAAAGUAAGGUCGAAUGGCGGCUUGGUGAGGUGACACAGUAUUGGAACGACGCCAAGUGGAGGUGUGUUUAG